AUGUUAAAAUUCAUUUCAUUGUCUAUAUUGCUAAUAAAUUUUAAAACCUGUUAUGGUAUUAUUAAUGGAUAUGUCGCAAAUAUCCAUGAUGAUCCAUAUGUAGGGCAGUUAGUUGCACUUGUACCUAUACCCUUGACUGUUGGUGAUAGAUAUGGACAAGUUGUCGCAUUCUCCCCUAAAUACGCUGUGACUGUUUGCCAUUUAGUACAAAAUUCAGACCCAAGUGCCAUAGGUGUUGGUUUUGGCUCUCCAUACCAAUAUCUCGUAAAGGUGUUUACAAUCUCCACUAUAAGAUGCCACGAAGAUUUUGCUAUACUAACCAACAGCGUAACCCAGUACGCAAUAAACGAUAUUGCUAUUUUAAAAUUAACAGAACCUUUACCAAAUUGCGACACCAUCCAACCCAUACCACUAUGUAUAUCAGAACCAGCUGAUAACACUGCCCUGAUUACUCUAGGAUGGGGAGCAUUUGUUCAACUGGAUCUACCCGUUCUUGGAACUCGAACCCUAAACUCCCUCAUCCUACUAUCAUCAAACAUGCUAACUUUCAACAAUUCAAUUUAUCAAGGAAUAAUAAAUGAAGGUCAUAUUUGCGCCUUCAGUACAAGUGGUCAAACUCCAUGUGGAGGAGAUUCAGGAGGACCACUGGCGGGUAAAACCCUCUUUGGGCUUACGUCUUUCUCCAUUAGCUGCGGCACAACACAACCCACCGUAUUCACCAACGUUUGUUACUAUGAACCUUGGAUUAAUGCAAAUAUGAUACCAUAGAAUGUUUUAAUUAAAUAAUAAUUACAAUAAAACAGUAUUUUGUACCAACGUUUGUUACUAUGAACCUUGGAUUAAUGCAAAUAUGAUACCAUAGAAUGUUUUAAUUAAAUAAUAAUUACAAUAAAACAGUAUUUU